AUGUUCAGACAAUUGAGAAGCGUGACUACUACUACAUUUGCCAGGGGAUUGGCCACGUCGGCUGCCAAGGAGCCCAGAUUGAAGAAGUUUGAAAUCUACAGAUGGAACCCUGAUACUCCUGAAACCGCACCCAAAAUGCAAACAUAUGAUGUUGAUUUGAAUGAAUGUGGACCAAUGGUUUUAGAUGCUCUUUUGAAGAUCAAGAACGAACAAGAUGCCACGUUAACCUUCAGAAGAUCAUGUCGUGAAGGUAUUUGUGGAUCUUGUGCCAUGAACAUUGGAGGUACUAAUACUUUGGCAUGUCUUUGUAAGAUUGACCAGAAUGAAUCCAAGGAUUUAAAGGUCUACCCAUUGCCUCACAUGUACGUUGUCAGAGACUUGGUACCAGAUUUGACUCAUUUCUACAAGCAAUAUAAGUCUAUUCAACCAUAUUUGCAGACCAAGGAAAAGCCAGCAGAUGGUAGAGAGCAUUUGCAAAGUAUUGAAGAUAGAGCCAAAUUAGAUGGGUUAUAUGAAUGUAUUUUGUGUGCAUGUUGUUCUACUUCAUGUCCAUCCUAUUGGUGGAAUCAACAAGAAUACUUAGGUCCAGCUGUUUUGAUGCAAGCAUACAGAUGGUUAAUUGACUCUAGAGAUCAAGCCACUGCUGCUAGAAAGGCCAUGUUACAAAACUCCAUGUCUUUGUACAGAUGUCACACUAUCAUGAACUGUACCAGAACUUGUCCCAAGGGGUUGAACCCUGGUAAGGCCAUCGCUGAAAUCAAGAAGAUCUUAGCCUUUGACUAA